GCCAUAUUAUUAGUGUUGAUUGUUUUGCGUAAAACUUGUUUACAUCUAGGAAAACCGUAAAAUUAAUGCAAAAGCAAACGAUAAUUUCUAAAUUUUGUGAAGUUCAAGUGUGUAGUUUGAAUAGUGCCGUAUAUUGAGCUAUUAAUAGCGAACACUGAUCGAUUUAUUGUGCGGCAAAUAGCUUUGCAAAAACGGAUCAUCGAUAUGGAGUUGGGUUCUCUGAAAAAUUUGGAACUGGAUAAGAUUUGCCGAAUAUGUUUAGCAAUCAAGAAGGAAAUGCGUCCUCUUUUCGGAGAAAUGGUGGCUGAAAUGUUGAUGGAAAUAGCCAAGAUACAGAUUGAGCAACUGGACGGCUGGCCGGACAAAAUCUGCAUCCAAUGCAUCCAUCAGGUUAGUCGAUGCCAUGCCUUUAAAACUCGUGUAGAGAAAUCGGAUACUGCUCUGCGGCAGUAUAUAAAAGGUAUAACUAUUGUAACGGAAGAACAGAUGCCCAAGGAACUUACCCUCGACGUUCAAAGGCCACCAUCAAUUGCAUCCCAAAAGAUUCAGCAAAUUCAACCUGCUCCUCAAAUUCAAGAGAUUCAUAUUCAACGAGCUGAUAUACCUACGAUUGCCGAAAAUCCUACUCCCACGAUGAUACUGACUAACGCACAGUUAUUGAAUACAGGGGCACACAUAAUUAAUGCUGGCCACUUACUGACGACAGCAACUGGACAACAAAUCAUUCAUGCUCCACAAUAUCACGCUGCACAAAUAGGACAAUUUAUUCAAGGGCCAAACAAUACGAUACAGAUGAUCACUCAUGGAGCACCACACCCCCAAAUCCUACAAAUUCAGCGAACUGCCGAUGACCGGUGUGAAAUCAUUGUUCAACCGGAAAUGACAGAGCAGCAACAGUAUUAUGAUGAAAAUAAUGUUAUCUCAGUGAAUCCCGUUCAAUCCGUCCCAUUAAUGGUGGCAGCGCCAACCGCAACGUUACAACAUCAUCUUGCACAACACGCUAUUCAACAGCAACAACAACAACAGCAUCAUCAUCACCAUCAUCAUCAACAACAACACCAUCAACAUCAACAGGAGCAGCACGAGCAACACCAUGAAGAACAGCAGGAAGAUGAAUCAGAAGAAUCUCAUUUAAAAGAUGGCCAGGAUUCGGAUUCUGGUGAGCAUGACGAUAGCCAAAUAGACAAUGAAGAAUACCUAGAAGAAGACCAACCGGAUGACGAAGAGGAAGAAGAGGAACAACUUGAGCAAACAGAGGUCGAUGAGGAAUAUUGUAUAACGGAUUGUGAAUCGGAUGAUGAAGAAAAGCAACUUGCUGAGUUUAUGACUUAUCAAACAUCCUGCCCUAGUCCAGGUCGAUAUGUGUGUAAUUUGUGCCGUAAGGAAUUCAGCCAACCCAAGUGGUUACAGACGCAUAUGUCGUCUCACUCAAAUUGGUUAAAGGCUAAUUGCAAGAAACAACCCGAAUGUGACAUAUGUCAUAAAAGCUUCCGAGGUCCCGGGAUGUUACGAAUGCACAUGAAAACACAUGAGAAAGAAGACAAACUGCCCACCUGUUCCAUAUGCCACAAAGAGUUCAAAUCAAAGUCAAUUCUUUAUCGACAUAGACAAACACAUUUUGAGAAAAAUUUUGCAUGUACGCUGUGUGACAAACGGUUUAGUUCGAAUUAUCAACUGAACAUCCAUGUGCAACGACAUAGAAAACAAAAGCCGCACAAAUGUCCUCACUGUGACAAAUCGUUUUACAGUGCUUCAGAUUUGAAGGUGCACGUCAAUCAACAUCUCGGUAUAAAAGUGAUCCAGAUCAAAAAGGUUUCGACCGCUAGCUAAUACGUAGUUAAUUGAAAGAUUAAUGUCUAGAGCAAUGCAACAUUUUCCACUGAAACUGUUAUGGAGGGGAGGUUUCAGAUUCGCCUCAUAAGAUGUAUUCAGAUCCCCUAUGACAGUUAUUUUUUACCGUUUUCUAUAAUUGCACACAAAACAAGCCCUUGUACAUAGAUUUUCUAAUUAUAAAAAAAUGUGCGUUUUUAAAAUCAACGGAAUAAUUUGUAAUGGUACUUCGCAUGUGCAAUGUCUUAGUUAAAGAAAAAAAAAGUCUUGCCGACUGUGUUAGACAAAAUUGAAUGUCAGAUUCAGAAUGAGUGUAUUUAUUACCGACACGAUUAAUUUCAAUGUUGCUUAGAGAAUUAUGGAAAUAAUUCGGAUUUUAGUGAAUGGUAAUCUUGUUGUACUUUUCAUAUUUAUUUUAUGUUCAAGACUUCAUAAAAGUGCUACAAUAAAUAAAACUGCUAAUUU